AUGGCUCUAUUGUCAAUUCGCGUUACGUUCACCCGAAAACAGGACGGGUGUUGUCCCACGCAUGGAAAACACUACGCGAAAUUUACGGCCGCCUUCCCUCUAAUUACGAGAACUGACUUCGUGUACGCAAUGGUGUACUUUGAGAGCAUCGAUGACCUUGGCCACAGAUAUGGCCCAGAUUCCGUCCACGUGAAGGGCAUGGUGAAGGAGGUAGAUCGGGUGAUCGAGACAAUGUUACGUCAGAUAGAAACUAGACAUCUGGAUGAUGACGUCAACGUGAUGGUUCUAUCUGAUCACGGAAUGACUGACGUCAGUCUCUCCAAGGUAGUCAAUAUCAGUGACGUAAUUAACAUGGACGAUAUCGAAGUUAUCAUUAAUAACUAUGGGUCGAGUGUUUACAUCUGGCCGAAGCAUGGGAAGGAACAAACGGUGUAUGCUUCACUGGAAAAUACUAGUGACUAUUUCAAACCUUUCCUACGAAAGGACAUCCCUCCACAAUGGCAUUUUCAACACAACAACAGAAUUCCCGACAUACUCCUGGUAGCUCAACUUGGCUGGUAUAUAGAUACGGUACGCUCACGUCAUAUGUUGGCUGGUAAAAAGCAACAGCAGGAAUAUCACUUUCUGAGACAACAUGCCGCGUUGACUCCGGAGCCGUGUUCUCAUAACUGA